UAUUUCAUUGCCUGGCCAUUUGUACAUAACUUUUGAUGGCCAUGAAAAUGUUAUGUCUUUGCAGGGAAGAGCAAGGGAAGCUGGCGAGAUGAAUAAAAGUUUGCUUACACUUGGCCGGGUAAUAAACGCACUAGUUGAGAACAAUAACCAUAGUCCUUACAGAGAGAGCAAACUGACAAGACUACUGAGGGAUUCCUUGGGAGGAAACACAAAGACUUGUAUCAUUGCCACCAUAUCACCCUCUAUUCAGUGUUUGGAGGAGACACUAAGCACAUUAGAUUAUGCAAAUCGUGCCAAAAAUAUAAAGAACAAACCAGAGCUAAAUCAAAAAAUGAUGAAAUCUGCCAUGAUGAAAGAGUUAUGCUCUGAGAUUAAUCGGCUCAAACAAGAAGUAAAUGUUGCAAGAGAGAAAAAUGGAAUAUACAUCCCCAGGGAUCAGUUCCAGCAAGAAAAAGCUAAGAAGAAAGUUGGCAUGUAA